AUGGCUUUUGUUCGUAUGCCUUCUGAAGGCUAUGCUCUAGAUGUGGAUUUUGAGAGUAUGGUGGCAGUCUCAUCCGCCAAUGAAUACCGCUUCAUGCUGUGGGACUUGAGGGAGAGGAAACUCCUGCAAAGCUAUGAGUCCCCUGGGCACAACGUGAAUUGUAGCUUGGCCAGUAUGCCAGGGCCAGAAGGCCAGAAGGCCAGCAUGAGCCUCGAUGCAGAGAAUGGGAAGCUUGCAACUGCUUCGGAUGAUGGGCUUGUAAAGAUUUGGAAUCUCCAUACUGAAGCCGGCGAAGAAUGGGAAACAUCUUGGGAAAAUUCUUUGGACUGCAAGCACAACAUGACUGUGGCAAUGGAUGUGGAUUGGCAGCUGGGCCGGUUGGUAACGGCUUCUUGGGACUACAAUGUGGACAUGUGGAAUCUCACCACCGGUAACUUGAUUGCGAAAAGUGUAACUUCUACCAGGGUUACUCGUGAUUGCCUGCUACCUUUCGUUCACCCCCUCCUCUCUCAAGUCCAGUUAUGCCAGGAGGUGCACGAAGUGGCUUUGGAGCAAGCCCGCAAUGCUGCGCUGAAGCUGAAGGCUUGA